AUGGCGGGAAGAAAUACUCGUCCUCGCUCCAGCGAGUCGUCUGGUCCUGGCGAUGCUGCUUUGGAGGCGCAAACGCGGAUUCUCAGACUUAAGAAAGAUCGAGAUGAGAAUAUCAAGGCAGCGACAGCCGACUUUGAUGCUGCGCUUGCGGAACUACGAGCAAAGGCCAUUGCUUGGCAAGAAGACUUGCAACGCCAACGUGAAGAGAGGCGGCAAUACUGUUGUACAGAGAUAACCCGGUUGAUGGAUAGAAGAGGGAAUAUCGAAGCUCAGAUGGUGGAACUAGUAACCAACGCACAAAGAAUGGUGGGCGAUUUAGAAGAUAUGAUGCUGGCUGGAUAUGAAGGGAGGGAGAAUGAUGCUGCAACAGCUUUAGAGAAGGUGAUUAUCCAUCAGCAUGGGGCCAUACAUCCACCCAACAGCGGGAGUCGUAUCACAAUCUCAGCACUACCCGAGUUUGCAUCGCGUUUGACAAAGUGA